AUGCCUGCUUAUGCUUCCAAGUCGAGUCCUCACCCUUUGGACCCUUUAACGGUCGACGAGGUGCAGACAGUGGCCCAAACGGUCCAGAAGGACAUUGGAUGUGCUGCCAAUGAUAUCAGGUUCAAAGUAAUUGAUCUUGCCGAGCCUCCAAAGGCCGUGACUCUCAAGUACCUUCGCCAUAAUGGGCCGGCACCCGACCGCAAGGCUAGGAUUUAUUAUCACCGCAAGAGGAGCCAAUCUCUUCUAGUUGCAAUUGUCAACAUCAGCAAGCGCCGCAUAGAGAAUAACUACGAUUGUCCUGACUCUCAAGGCCCGGUUGAUUGGGAGGAGUUUGAGCUUGUCAAUAGAGCUUGCAACAACCAUCCAGAAGUCAAAGCCGAGGUUGCAAAAUUGAAGCUUCCUCCCAAUGCCCGUAUACUUAACGAACCAUGGGCUUUUGGAACCGAUGAUGCGAGCGAGCGCCGACGACUCUUCCAAUGCUACAUGUACGUUGCCUUGACCGACGACCCCGAGGCUAACCAUUACUCACUUCCAAUCCCCCUCGCGCCAAUUUUCGACGCUCACACACUAGAGCUAGUUGAACUGCAACGUCUUCCCAUGGGGACUGGUGACGAAUUGGAUCCUGAGACUCAAGCAUGGGAUCCCGUCAAGCCUGUAGAGUACAGCGCAGGCAUCAUGGGCGAAAACGCAUUCCGAAAGGAUCUGAAGCCUCUUCAAGUUGUCCAACCAGAGGGUCCCUCGUUUAAGGUUCUGGGCCGCCGUGUUGAAUGGCAGAAAUGGUCUUUUCAGCUGGGCUGGACUAUGCGUGAGGGGCCCGUCCUCCACGACGUGCAGUAUGAUGGCCGUCCGUUAUUCUACCGGGUCUCAAUGAGCGAGAUGACGGUCCCCUACGGCGAUCCUCGAUCACCUUAUCAUCGAAAGCAGGCCUUUGACUUGGGUGACUCUGGGUUCGGGCUUACAUCUAAUAGUCUCAGUCUCGGCUGUGACUGUCUUGGUCACAUUGCUUACUUCAGUGGUAUUCGGGUUACGGGACAUGGCAAGCCUGUGGUAAUGCCCAAUGUUGUCUGCAUGCACGAGAUCGAUGAUGGCAUUGGGUGGAAACAUACCAACUUUCGGAACAACAAGACUUCAGUCGUGAGGAACAGGCAGCUCGUAGUUCAGUGCACAGCAACUGUCGCCAACUACGAGUACAUCCUGGCCUUUGUGCUGGAUCAAGCCGCGAAUAUCCACAUCGAGGUCCGAGCCACAGGUAUUGUCUCUACAAUGCCUAUUCGCCAAGGACUGCAGGUGCCCUGGGGCACUGUCGUUGCGCCAGGGGUUCUGGCCGUCAACCAUCAGCAUAUCUUCUGCGCUCGAGUUGACCCGAUCCUAGAUGAUGAUCGACAAAACACUAUUGCUUACGACGAAUGUCACCCGGUAUUCAACGAGCCGGAUCUUGACCCUUAUGGCUGUGCCUUUAGGGUAAACACAACGUCGAUUGAUAAGCCGGGUGGAUACGAGCUUGACUUUACUAAGAACCGCACUUUCAAGAUCAUCAACGAAGCGCGAACAAACGCCACUUCUGGACAGCCUCACGGCUACAAACUUCACGCUGUCCCUAGUCAAAUGCUGAUGAUGGGCCCUAAUACAUUCAACUUCCGUCGAGGAAUUUUCACUUCCAAGGCUAUCUGGGUUACCAAGUAUCAGGACGAUGAGCUGUGGGCUGCGGGGGAAUUUACAAACCAAAGCCAGGAGGACACAGGUCUUGCCGUCUGGGCGAAUCGAGGGGAGAAUGUCAGAAACGAAGAUGUCGUGCUGUGGCACUCUUUUGGAGUCACGCAUGUCACCCGACCUGAAGAUUUCCCCGUCAUGCCUGUGGAGAAGUUUGUUAUGUCUUUGAAGCCCUCAAGCUUCUUCGAGCUGAACCCAUCCAACGAUGUGCCUCGAUCCAACCAAAGUGCAAACCAGUCAACGUUGCACACUGUCAGUCCGGAAAGUUGCUGCCGUUCAUCGCACAUAUAG